AUGGACAUACCCAAGUUCAACCCGCCCAGCAAGAAGGUGAACAUCGUCGACAGCCAGGAAGAGAUGCGGGAAAGGCAGGCGUCGAUCCCAGAAGGAAGAGGAGUGGAAGGAACGGCAGCAGCACCUGCAAUCCAAGAGGAGGCUGCAGAUGCUCGUCGACAUCCUGCUGAUGCCGCUGAGAUUCGGGCAGUACAUCGGGCGAUGUUACCUCGCCUCCCCAAGAGCCAGGCAAAUGUGGCUGGUUACCACCCUCGCAGUUUGCCUCUUCGAGCUUUGGUCCUCUGCCCUGUUCGUCGCUUUCGUCUUGGAUCCGAACAAGGCGGAUUUCCUGUAUACCUUGCUCAGCAUGGACCACUACUCGAACCUCCUCUUUAUCAUCGACGCCUCGCUCCGCGCCCUGGAUAA